AUGGACUCGCACGAGAGCCUGGAGCGGGAGGAGCUGGACGACGGUCUGAUGGAGGCCGACGACGACUUCGCCGGUGACGAGCGCGAAGAAGACCCCGAACCGAGUACGCAUGAGGUAUUGCCCAGCUCGCUCUUCCCCCUUUCCAUCUCUUUACUCUUUGUGGGUUUUGAUUCUCAGCAGUUUAAACCAUGAAUCUCCCCCCUCUUCGGGGUUAUGGCAAUGGAAUAUGUCUUCCUUUUUAUGCUCUACCUCCUCUCUUGAUCGGGCGAGUCGUCUGUGUGUUGACGCGCAUUAACGUUCUCAGAGCAUCGAGAACAUGAGGAAACGGCUGAAGGAGAUAGAGGAUGAAGCUGGGGCCCUACGAGAGAUGCAAGCCAAGGUAGAGAAGGAAAUGGGUCUUCAAGGUAUUUUCACUCUCUGUUCCCCACUUGGCUCUUUUCAUUUUGUCGCUGAGUUAUUUCUAGGGUUUGUCUUCUGGGUUGAACUAUUUAUUUGUUUUCUUGUAGUGUAUUCAAAUGUUCGGUGCCGGAAUAACUAUAGUGCCCUAUCUCUUAUGACUUGAUUUCUUAGGCCAAUACAAUGAUUUGAAGGUUUUUUUUGGAGAAUAUUUUUUACUCAAUGGUUGACGUAAAAGUUCGUUAAUAAAUGCACGUUUUUAUAAACCACACCAUGACGUCUAGCUCUCAGAUUACAAUUUGCUCAAUAUGAAUGCAUUUCGUAAAAUUAGAAAUGAGUAUCGCUUUAGAUGAAGGUGGAGUCACAAAUAUUAAAAAAUUAUCAUGGUCUGGGGGAAUUUCGCAUGUUAAACUUUUGUUCAAGUUUAUACGUGUUCAUGUUCCAUAUAGGUUAAUCAUUUUGCAUGAUAGCAUUGAUAAAAUAUGCAUACAAGGAUUAUAUAUAAAACUCUCAUAACGCAUAGAAAUUAAUAAAAGAAAUACCAUGUAAUAAAUAACCGAGUAAUACACAAUUAUGUGUCAAAAUAAAAUAUCAAGUGAUAGUGACCAAGGAGUCCAAUAGCAUGCAGACUCAGUGUCAGCUGUGAACAGAUGUUAGAAAUCAGUUAUUAUCUGCUGUAAGUGAGAUGAUAUUCACUCAAUUUUAACCUAUUCAUUCCAUCUUUGUUUGACCGUGAGUAGUAGAUAGGGAUGUAAAACCAUAGAAGGUCAUUUAGAAGUAUCCGAAUUGGUUAAAUAACCAAUACCUAAUAUUUGGGAAUCCCUGUAUUCAUUCAGAUUUCUGUAGCUCACAGUAAUGGGUUUUCCUGGAAAUAUAUGCCCAUAUUUUUCUACCAUACCAUCCAUAUCCGGUCACUGCAAUCGUUAUUGAAUGAAAAUGGUGUUUUUCUUAUCCCUGAGAAAGGACGCCUAGAACAUGGUUCUCAGAAUCAGUUGAUUCCAAGUUGGAUUGGCUGAUCGAGAUCUGAGUUGGUAGUUCCCCACUUUAUUUGGUAAGCAAUUCCAUUGCUCCAACAUCUUGGUUGCUUCAACUGUCGACAUGUUGGCUUUGGAUGACUUGGGCAGAAAUUGGCUGAGUGCCCAAUGUAGACGGAAAUCUUAAAUUGGCUGCUACCUUUUUCGACCUGUUAUAUUGGAUCCAUGCAUGACAGAGGGAUCUGUAUUCGUGAUAGAAGGAUCCGUGCAAUGAAGACAUCUCAGUUCCGUAAUAAAUGAAAUUCGUGUAUGAUAAUUUUUGGAAACAUGGCUAUUACUCUGUAAUAUAAAUUGUAGGUUAUGGUCUGGCGGAGAUUUAUUUUUGUAGUCACUUUGUACAGGUCUCGACAGUUGAGAAAAAUUGUAAAGUAUUUUUACGUAUCAACAUAUUAUCUUUUAGAUAUUAUUUUAGUAUUUUACACCAUCAAAAUUAAUGAAUUUUGUAAAUGUGUAUGCAUUUAUCAUAAUAAAUAACUCAGAAGUAAAACAUGUAUAUAUUUGAUGGUUAUCAGUCAAAAAUUAUAUCUUAUUAUAACAAAUGUAAAUAGAAACCUCCACGAUCUUGAGAAGUUUAUGUUGGAACUCAAUUUUCCUCCAUGGCCUGUGAUGGAGACUCUUUUGCUACUUAGUUUAUAUGUUAUUGGUCCAUUUGCAGAGCCAUGAGCACUUACCUUUGUACGGCCCCUUUCUCUGUCUUGUUCUCUCUUUAAUUCUCCAUCCACUUAUCUCUCUUGGGUUUUUCAGAGUUGGUAGUUAUGAGGUUUGGACCGUCCUUUGUUCUCUCUCGUGAUACUGUAUACAUAGCCUGUUUGAAAAUGAUUUAUAUGAAAUCCAACAAGUCUGGAGAAAGUGCUAAUCCAUUAUAAUGUUGAAGCGUAUUCCUUAAAUUACUAAAUCGCUUUAUUUCCCAUGAUUUUUUUAACAAUUUGAAACUGAAAUCUCAUAUAAUGGGGAAUGAUGCUAUAGGGUUGAUGAAAGGAGUUGCAAAGACCCAAAAUUAGUUGAUAUGUUUUAAUCCACUCACAAAUCCUAGGGAAGAUGAUGGAUCUGUUAUCUACUCCUCACUAUUUACAUCAUUGACUAGUUAGAACAUGCAACCAACCUUCAAAUCCCAAAGCCAGGAUUUGAAGCAGCCAACAACAGAAUGCAAUCAGAUUCUUUUAUUUUCUGUUACGAUAUAUCAAUUGAAAUUUCGUUGUAUUUUUUUUCCUUUGUAUUUGGCCUUGACCUUCACAUUGUUGAAACAACAUCCCUUGAUUUCUGACGGAAUUUGUAUCGGAAAUAGAGAAAGUAUCAAAUUAUAUAAUAAUUGAAUUUUAUCUGACAUUUUCUGGGGUGAAGCUUGUGUAAAACAUUUUUGAGUCAAGCUUCGAUAUCCAACUUUUAAUAUCUGUUGUGUUCUCCGUUUUAAUUUUCAUGAGGAAAUUGCUUAGUGAUGAACUAUCUAAUGAAAGGCCGAAGAUGGAAAAACACUGACCUUCUGGAUAAUACAUCAGGCAUUAUCAUCAGUUAUUGAGUGAUUUAUACUUGAACAUAGAAGUUCCAAAUACUUGACAAUUUUGGCAAUUCCUUUUUUUUUGCUUUAACCUCUGGCUAACAUUAUUUUGUUGAAGAGGUGAGUAACAUUGCUUUUCACUAUGAUUUACCAGUUGGAUAGCAUAUUACGUAGACUACUAGUUUUGAAUCGUCAUACUAACAUUUUUUUCUGCGUUCUUGUUCGCCUUCAUCUUUCUGUUUGGUCUUGGUUGCCUGUACAUUAGGUUAACUAUUUAUUGAGAAGGUUUCCGGAUGUACCAGAAUUUAAGUUCUAUAACUCAUGCAUGAAGAUGAUGCAGAAGGAAAACAGAAAAAAAGACCCUAUGCGAAAAUGUAGAAUGGAGUUUAUAUGCUUAAAUGAAAAAGAUGGUUUCUUAGAAUUGUUGGUAUGACGAUUAAAAAAUGGAUGAAUUCUUAUUCAUGUAUGUGUAUAGUUUCUUUGAUUUCGCUCAUUAUUGUAUCCUAAGAACAUUACAGGAGUCACACAUCUAAGCAUGUAAAGAGAUCUGCUAGUCUUACAAGAAGGUGGCUAGUGUCACCUGUCUUCAAUUAAGAAAAAAGUGUUAUCUCAAGAAAGGGUAGGAAACAUAAGACUUGAUUUCAAAGUUGGUAUAAUUUCGUUGUAAGUUUUAUUAUUAUUUUUUGGGAUAUCCUAUAAUUUUAUUUUUCGAAAUAUAGACCCGUUUAUUUUGUAUUGUCUUUAAUUCUAUAGUUUUAUAGUUUCAUUGCCUUUUUUUUUGGGUGGGGGGGGGGGGGGGGGGGGGGUAUCAUGUAGAACGAUUUAUUUUUAGGUUUUUCUUUGGUAUUUGUUUUUCCUGGGUUAUUAUGUCACUUCUCCUAUGUGCAUGUAAGAAGAAAUCUGUAGUCCCUUAUACAGAACAGUGUCAAACCUGUCUUCUCUUUCAAAAUAGAAAGAGCAAGUCUCGUAUGUUCUAUAAAAAAAUUGGGAAACUUUAUGCCAAAAUAAACUUCAACAGCUAUUUGAUUUUUCGUUAAUUUUUUUAUUUUGACUAUUUUUCAACCUUUUUCUUUAUCAUCGUCUAUAUUGCUUCUUUAGACCUCAUGCAACUUUAAUCCUCUAGAGUCUUAUUUUUUGAUCUGCUUUCUCUUCAUUGUGAACAUGUUAAAAGAUUCCUCCGACGCAUCUGUGACUCAGGCUGAAAAGGAGGAGGUGGAUUCCCGCUCCAUCUAUGUUGGUAAUGUGAGGAUUUUUGAUACUGAAUUACAUUUUUUUGUUUCACUUUUAUGAACUGUUGUCAGUUGUUUUUGUUUCUUAAAUUGGGACUCUUUCUUGGCUUCGUUCAUCCAAGGAGCAUAAUCCUGACUUCUAUCGUCCUCCAAAAGUAUCCCCCUCCAAAAGUUUUUGUUGGUAUUUAAAUAUUUUAUUUGAAAAUAUAGACCCGCUCCGAAUAGAUGGUACACUAAGCUCAACGACCUUCUUGAACAGUAAUAAUAACAGCUUCUAACGAACUUCUACCUGUGAUCCAUAAGCCAUUGGUAAGACCCACCCCCAAAAAACCGAUGAUAUGCCCACUCCUUGAUUCACACCUUGGAAGACACCAAGUGUACUGCCUCUGGUGCGCGCGAGAUGGACAUGGAUAGAACCAAGCAGAGUGGCAGUUCUGAGACCAGUCUCAAUAAAGUAAGAGAGACAGUACGUAGCUACCUAAGGGAGAGCACAGCCAUGAGAAAUAGAGUCCGGGUUACACUGUCCAAAGAGACGAAUAUAAAAACAGAUCUGAAGGGGCAUGGCAGAGUGAUAGGGAGAAGUGGUAAGAGAAAAGGUUCAUGUGGGUUCUAACUCUUUCCGUUAGUUGGGAAAAUCAAACAGCAUAAGCCAGGUGGGUUCCAUUUUCCUACAAGCUGGCUGGGUAAAUAUAGCAAUUGUGAGAAGUGGGUAUUGUCCCUCUGACAUGCGUUGGUCUACUAAUGGAUUUAACACAUGUUGGAUCUAUCGUUUAACGUGCGGUAACCCAUCACUCAGAUUCUAGCCCAUUGUGAAGUCGGGUCUUGAGUCAACGAUUAAUCGUGUUUUAAUCAAUCAUUGGGUGGACUUUAAUCCAUCUCCGAAUUGGGUUGCUUUUACCCUCCACACUGGGUUCCAAAGUGGGUCUAGAUUCUAGCGUCAAGUGGGUUCAAGUCACCAUUCAGUGGAUUCUGAUCCAACAUUAAGUGGAAAGUUAACCCAGGGUAAAAUUUUCAAUGACUAUGUGGGCUUUUGCCGAAUAUCCUUCAUGUUCUGGUCCACUUCCAGGUGGACUCUGUCCCACUGCUGUAGUGGGCUUAGAUCCAUCCAGAAACUGUUUUAAAUAGCCAUCUAUUGGAUUCGGCUGCUAGUUUGCAGAGUUAAUUGAAUCUAAUUGCGGAUGAGAUCCUUAUACGCUUUACUCGAGGGUCAGAGGGAUUUAUUUUGAUUCAAUUUUUUAAUUUUGGAUACUAAAGUGCAAUCUAUCUCCAACUUCGGUAGCUUUUUCGUAUCUGCUUCUAAAUGUGACAUGGAGGUUUGUUCAUGCAUUGAUGCCAAAUUGCUUGUCUAAUUUGCUCUGCUGCUUAGAUCUUUCCUAUCGUCAAUUCGUGCUACAACUUGGACAGAUCGUGUUUCACUUCUGUGCAUGACUGACCAGAUUCCAGUAGCUGCCUGCUAAGACUCGAGAUCACAACUGGAGGAUAUCUGUAUAUUUCUUUGGUAACUAGAUAAUCAACAAUACUGGCCAGUCAUGUCAACCAUCAGCCUGACUUCAAAUACCUUCACGAUUCUUUCUACCUUUUCUCCCUAUGUGUGUACACUUUUGUUCUUCCUUUUUCCGAUAAUACAUAUAGUUUGCAUUUGUUGCGUCAAGUUCAAUUUAUGCCUAAUUACCCUUUUCACUUUUUCUCUGGGGCAUCUGGGGUUUCUUAACAUGCCAUCGUGUUGUGUAGACACUUAAUGGGCUCCGUAAGGGAUGAUUUAGCCAAUCAGAGUUUUGUACUUUUUAGUCCCUGAUGAUGACCCAGCUUGGUAGAUAUAAUGGAUCCUUGAGAAAAAAUGCUAUGGUAUUAGACUUUCAGGAGCAUGACAAAAAAUAUCACUUUCGUAACUUGUGAAAUAAUAGGAUAGUCAUGGCAAGACGUGAGCAGCGUGCCAUGCCGUGAGAAAUUUCAGAUGUAGAGAGUCAGGAGCUGACGUGAGUUUGCUACUCAUUUACGUCAAACAUAUCCCAAAAAAAAUCAAAUAUGGGGUAUAAUGAGGAUGAUUGAGAGUUCUGGUGGACUGUCUUCUGGGAUGGACUUGUCAUGCCGCCAGGGUGUUAAGACGUACAGUUCAAAUGGGGUGAGCAAUCCCCCAUUUUGUUGAUUGAGUCUUUGUCGUGGACCAUUUUCCUGUCAACUAUGAGAUGGUAAAAUGUUUAGCUACUCUCCCGCCUGAUGAAGAUGUAGAUAAAUCGAACUACAUUUGCACGAAGCCAUCACUUUUUGAUAGAAAUGAAGCAAGUCAACUUCUUCACACUGUGAGAGAUUGAGCACAGAUGGUAAUUAAAUAAGCCGAUGUUUCAUUAUAGGGUCCCAAAAUCUAUUUGUAUCACUGUUAAUGUUUCAUUCAGUUGAAAUUCCUGGAGCCAUCAAAAGAUGUUACUUUUGUGUAUGGAAAGGGAGGCUUCAAAUCAGCCAGGGAGUGAGAUUAGAUCUUGAGUUUCUGACUUUAGGGAGAUCAGUUCUUAAAUCUGGAGUCCUAUGACCGAAGUGUUAAAUUACAGUUCAAAGCUAAUCUUGCGAACAUCACCAGAGUAUCUUGAGGAAUCAACUGGUGGGAGCCCAACUCUAAUGUCUUGUUCAAUGUCUUAUUUGAGGAUCUUGAAGUGAUCAGCCCCAUCCUCUUUUAAGAACAGUAAUGAUGACUCCACGAAGACAUUCCUUCCACUGGGCAUGCAAUUCCCGCUGUAAAUCUUGCCUUAUGUAAUCCACUGAGUGGUAACUUUGAAGCUUUGUUACUCUUGAUCUUUUAUUUUUGUGUGUCAUUGUCUUCACCGUUUCCAAAGAUGACGGUGUUAAGUAUGAAAUCCACUGAGUGGUAACUUUGAAGCUUUUUUCCAUGGCCCCUCACUGAUUGUUAAGUAUGAAAUUGACAUUCUGACAAGGAAUUUUACUGUUCAUCAAUUACAUCCUUCGCGUUUGCAUACUGAGGUUUCUGGUUCCUGCUCUGCAUAAAAAUCUUAUCAACCUUGUGUUAAUUUACUGAUGCCAAAGGUCCCUUUCUCAAGUGGGGGUGUGGGGUGCUGUUAUGAAAUAGUGGAUAGGCCUUAACAUCCACUGGUUUUGUUUGGACUUAUUAUUUUUGGUCUGAUAUUAUUUUGUUAUUGUUACGAUCUUCUAGGCGUACCUAAUUCGGAUCAUUAGGAGUUGAUUGAUUAAAAAUCGUGGAAUCAGCCAGCCUUACAAACUAGAUUACAAACUAGAUUCCAAACCAGAUUCCAAACCAGAUUCCAAAUCAGAUUCCAAACCUUCAGGAAAUUCUUUUGUUUGGGUUUGCCUAUCUGUGGUGUAAUCUGGUAAUAAAUGAUUGGCCUGCAGAUCGUGCCAACCAGUAGAUGCUUUUACAGUACGUUUUAUGCCUCUGUAGGAACGUUUAUUUCUCAGUUUAUCUCAAUUUAGAUAUAGUAAUCUGAUCUAGGCUUUAUUUAUUCUGAUUUAAUAUGUUCUUCCAUCAGGUGGACUACGCAUGCACGCCAGAGGAAGUCCAGCAGCACUUUCAAUCCUGUGGAACCGUGAACAGAGUAACUAUAUUAACUGACAAAUUUGGCCAGCCAAAGGGGUUUGCAUAUGUGGAAUUUGUUGAAGUGGAUGCUGUUCAGAAUGCUCUCCUGCUGAAUGAAUCAGAGUUACAUGGUCGUCAAAUAAAGGUCUUUUCAACCUGUCACUGUGAAGCAUUUUCUAGUGCUUUUGGUAGUUCCAGUCUUAACUUUAGAUUUGUGCAUAGGUCUCACCAAAGAGGACCAACGUUCCAGGCAUGAAGCUGUACCGUGGAAGGCGUCCUAACCCAUAUCUAGGCUUUCGAGCACGCAGACCUUUCAUGCCCGGUCCUUCUGGUUUUGGAUAUGGGUAACCACUGAUUUCAGAAUUUUAACAUUGAUGGCAUGUUCUUUACUAAUUCUGAAUGUGGAUUUGCUAUUUUGCAAAUUUUUAAUGUUUGAGGAGCCAAUAUUUGCUUUUAUUUUAGUGAUAUGUUAUGCUUGCUAUAGUGAGUCAUGCUAGUUAUUCAGCACAUGAGAUGUAAUACGAAGACUUAUUUCUAUAUAUUUCUCCCUUUGGUUAUCCCGAUUUAUGUGCGCCUUAUCAGCCUUUACAACUAUUCUGAUAAUAUUAUGUGAAGUAAUGAGGGAUCUGAGUAAGAUGUCAGCUAAUUUUGUAAUUGGUUAGUCCAAUUCUUUUGAUUCAUGGGAUAUAAUGUGUUCAACAUGCUGUUUUGUAUUUAGAAGUGUAACAUUCUUUUAUCCAUGGAUGCCAACCAUUUUCUAGACUCUUUAGAAGGCUGCCAACUAGCAAGUGAAGGUGCUUGGGAUGAUCGGUUUUUCUGUAGAAAAGUUCGACCAGUAAGAAAAAGUGUUUGGCCCAAGCCAAAAAGAGGUUGAUCCACUUCAUUCGCCAAACGAAUGAUCUUUGCUUCGCGGGAACCAACAAAAACCUCCAUCUUGCUGAGUCCUUUCUUCGGUGCUACAUUUUCUAGACUGUUUAAUGCCACAGAGAUGAACAUUUAUAUGUGCAGGCCUUCGUGAAGGUUGCUGGGCUCUCAGAAAAUAUAAUGAUAACACGUGAGACUUACAAGUAAAAUAGAACCACAAACGCAGUAAACAAGUCUUUUGGUUUCUUCCCAAUGACUAAAUUUGUUUGGAUACUGUUCAGAUCUGUUGUUGUUUCGUUUUGUCCACCAUCUUACUUACCGUACUCAUGACUAACCCAGUGGAUCAUUUUCCAAAAAUUUCGUUCCGUUCCUUGGUGUUCAGAUCCAAGAGUUCUUCCUCACCACCUUCUCAUUUUGCUACUGAUUCUAUGCAAAUUAUGGCGUUGAUUGAUUUCAUGCCUUGUGAUAACAUUACAUAAUCUCUCCAAACGCAAAUGCAAUGCAUUGUGCAUAAUCUCUGAAAUGGAGAUCAAGUUUCCUAGUCCUAUUUCAGUUUUGCCAUUAUUGUUGUGCUCUCAUAGAACGUAUUUCCAACUUUCUGCAGCAAGGCUCCAAGAUUCAGGCGACCCAUGCGGUACAGACCUUACAACUGA